AUGGUGGAAGUGGGGUUGCUGAAAGUGGGGAGACUGAGCGGCCAGAGCCUGGAUCCUGAUGCGGUCAAUCUGGGCUGGAAAGAUGGUCUCAGAGAAGGAAGACCGGCCCAGAGCACAAAUUCUAGCCUGUUGGAUGACUUAAGCGAAUCACUCCACUUGUUCAGCCCCCGAAGAUAUUUAUCAAGAAUGGGAGAAAUGACUACUCCUGUCCUUGUUUCAUUGGGGGGCUGUGAGGACACAGUGGUGAUAUCAAGGAAAACACUUCAGCAAAAUGAUAACAGUCUAACCAGGUUUUUGGCCAAGAGAGUCUAUCCGUGCUGGGGGAAGGAGCUGCUUUCAUCUUAUAAUCGGACCACCAGAGAUAACUUACUUGGAGGUAGUCCCAAGGGUAACAUUCCUCCAUAUGUGGUGAGACCAUUUUCCCAGAGCUUGGAUCUCUUCCGAAUGUGGUUUUCCAAACAAAAUCGUCACUGUUUGAAAAACCCAUCUGGUGGCUUCUCAGGGGACCCCAACCAAGGAGACUUGGGGAUGAACCACGACGAUGACCACUCAUCCUGCGCCGGCAGGUCCCACAUCAUGUCAGGCGAGUGGGUGAAAGGCCGGAACCCCAGCGACCUCUCCUGGUCCUCCUGCAGUCGAGAUGACCUUGAAAACUUCCUCAAAUCAAAAGUCAGCACCUGCUUGCUGGUCACGGAUCCCAGGAGCCAGCACACUGUGCGCCUCCCGCACAAGCUGCCAGGCAUGCACUACAGUGCCAACGAGCAGUGCCAGAUCCUGUUUGGCACCAAUGCCACCUUCUGCAGAAACAUGGAGCAUCUGAUGUGUGCUGGACUGUGGUGCCUGGUAGAAGGAGACACGUCCUGCAAGACCAAGCUGGACCCUCCCCUGGAUGGCACCGAGUGUGGGGCAGACAAGUGGUGCCGUGCUGGGGAGUGUGUGAGCAAGACGCCCAUUCCAGAGCACGUGGACGGAGACUGGAGCCCAUGGAGCACUUGGAGCAUGUGCAGCCGGACGUGUGGGACGGGAGCCCGCUUCCGGCAGAGGAAAUGUGACAACCCCCCCCCCGGGCCUGGAGGCACACACUGCCUGGGUGCCAGUGUGGAGCAUGCAGUCUGCGAGAACCUGCCCUGCUCCAAGGGUCUGCCCAGCUUCCGGGACCAGCAGUGCCAGGCACACGACCGGCUGAGCAGCAAGAAGAAGGGCCUGCUGACAGCCGUGGUGGUGGAUGAUAAGCCAUGUGAACUCUACUGCUCACCCCUUGGGAAGGAGUCCCCGCUGCUGGUGGCUGACAGGGUCCUGGACGGCACUCCCUGCGGGCCCUACGAGACGGACCUCUGCGUGCAUGGCAGGUGCCAGAAAAUCGGCUGCGAUGGCAUCAUCGGGUCUGCGGCCAAAGAAGACCGGUGUGGGGUCUGCAGCGGGGACGGCAAGACCUGCCGCGUGGUGAAGGGCGACUUCAGCCACUCCCGGGGGACGGCUCUCAAAGACUCCGGCAAGGGAUCCAUCAACAGUGACUGGAAGAUAGAGCUCCCUGGAGAGUUCCAGAUUGCAGGUACAACCGUCCGAUAUGUGCGAAGGGGCCUGUGGGAGAAGAUUUCUGCCAAGGGACCAACCAAACUGCCGCUGCAUUUGAUGGUGCUGCUAUUUCACGACCAGAAUUAUGGAAUUCAUUAUGAAUACACUGUUCCUGUAAACCACACUGCUGAGAAUCAGAGUGAGCCAGAAAAGCCGCAGGACUCACUGUUCCUGUGGACCCACAGCAGCUGGGAAGGCUGCAGUGUGCAGUGUGGAGGAGGGGAACGCAGAACCAUAGUAUCCUGCACGCGUAUUGUCAACAAGACCACAACUCUGGUGAAUGACAGUGAUUGCCCUCAAGCAAGCCGCCCAGAGCCCCAAGUCCGAAGGUGCAACUCACACCCCUGCCAGUCACGGUGGGUGGCAGGCCCAUGGAGCCCCUGCUCGGCGACCUGUGAGAAGGGCUUCCAGCACCGGGAAGUGACCUGCGUGUACCAGCUGCCGAAUGGCACACACAUUGCCACACGGCCCCUCUACUGCCCAGGCCCCCGGCCAGCACCAGUGCAGAGCUGUGAAGGCCAGGACUGUCUGUCCAUCUGGGAGGCAUCUGAGUGGUCACAGUGUUCUGCCACCUGUGGUAAAGGGAUGCAGAAGCGAACCGUGACAUGCACCAACUCACAAGGGAAAUGUGACGCAUCCACGAGGCCCAGAGCCGAGGAGGAGUGCGAGGACUACUCAGGCUGCUAUGAGUGGAAAACCGGGGACUGGUCGAAGUGCUCAUCGACCUGUGGGAAGGGACUGCAGUCCCGUGUGGUGCAGUGCAUGCACAAGGUCACUGGGCGCCAUGGCAGCGAGUGCCCCGCCCUCUUGAAGCCGGCAGCCUACAGACAAUGCCAUCAGGAGGUCUGCAAUGACAAGAUCAACGCCAACACCAUCACUUCUCCUCGCCUCGCUGCGCUGACCUACAAAUGCACGCGAGACCAGUGGACAGUGUAUUGCCGGGUCAUCCGAGAAAAGAACCUCUGCCAGGACAUGCGGUGGUACCAGCGCUGCUGCCAGACCUGCAGGGACUUCUAUGCAAACAAGAUGCGCCAGCCACCGCCACCGAGCUCCUGACGGGCAGCCCAGGGUUCGCUCAG